CAGGGGCAAUUAAAAUGUGAAAUUCUCUUUUUUCCUCAUUUCACUAUAAAAAGGGCAUUCCAAAUACAUCUUUCUUCACACAUUCAAUCCUCCAUUUCAUUCAUUUCUUUGUAGCAUUCUUAAUUUGCGUUUUGUUUGCUUCAUUGCACUUAGUGUUGUUGUUCCUCUUUUCAAUUUGCUUUAUUCCAUAUCAUUCAGUGUUGCUAUUACAAAUACAAGUUUUAAGGUUUUGAAGCAAAUGGGUAGUGAUCGUCUUACCCGCUCUCACUCUAUCCGUCAGAGGUUUGAUGAAAUUCUCACUGGUCACAGGAAUGAAAUUUUGGCCCUUCUAUCAAGGAUUGAAGCAAAGGGAAAGGGAAUCCUGCAACACCAUCAAGUCAUUGCCGAGUUUGAAGAAAUUCCUGAGGAGAAUAGGCAAAAACUAGUUAAUGGAGCCUUUGGAGAAGUUUUGAGAUCUACCCAGGAAGCCAUAGUGUUGCCACCAUUUGUUGCUCUUGCUGUUCGUCCAAGGCCUGGUGUUUGGGAGUAUCUGAGAGUCGAUGUACACGGCCUUGUUGUUGAUGAGCUGAGCGCUGCUGAGUAUCUCAAGUUCAAGGAGGAACUUGUUGAAGGAAGUUCUAACGGCAACUUUGUGCUUGAGUUGGACUUUGAACCAUUCAACGCCUCUUUUCCGCGACCAACCUUGAACAAGUCGAUUGGAAAUGGUGUGGAGUUCCUUAAUCGCCAUCUUUCUGCUAAGCUUUUCCAUGGCAAAGAGAGCUUGCAGCCACUGCUGGAAUUCCUCAGGCUUCACAACUAUAAUGGAAAGACUAUGAUGGUGAAUGACAGAAUUCAAAAUCUGAAUUCUCUUCAACAUGUUUUGAUAAAAGCAGAAGAGUAUCUGAGCACAAUUGCUCCGGAAACAUCCUACUCGGAAUUUGAACACAAGUUCCAGGAGAUUGGUUUGGAGAGAGGGUGGGGAGACACCGCUGAGCGCGUCCUUGAAAUGAUCCAGCUUCUAUUGGAUCUUCUUGAGGCACCCGAUCCUUGCACCCUUGAGACAUUCCUUGGAAGAAUCCCUAUGGUCUUUAAUGUUGUCAUCCUUUCUCCACAUGGUUACUUUGCCCAAGAUAAUGUUUUAGGAUACCCUGAUACUGGUGGACAGGUUGUUUACAUCUUGGACCAAGUUCGCGCCUUGGAGAAUGAGAUGCUCAAGCGUAUAAAGCAACAAGGCUUGGAUAUCACCCCUCGCAUUCUCAUCAUCACUCGUCUUCUCCCUGAUGCAGUGGGAACUACCUGCGGCCAACGUCUUGAGAAAGUUUAUGAUACCGAACAUUGCCACAUUCUUCGAGUUCCCUUUAGAACAGAGAAGGGAAUUGUUCGCAAAUGGAUCUCGAGAUUUGAAGUCUGGCCUUACCUAGAGACUUUCACCGAGGAUGUUGCCAAUGAACUUGCUAAAGAGUUGCAAGGAAAGCCUGAUCUUAUCGUCGGAAACUACAGUGAUGGAAACAUUGUUGCAUCUUUGUUAGCACAUAAAUUAGGUGUAACUCAGUGUACUAUUGCUCAUGCACUUGAGAAGACCAAGUAUCCAGAAUCUGACAUUUACUGGAAAAAGUUUGAUGACAAAUAUCACUUCUCAUGCCAAUUUACUGCUGAUCUUUUUGCAAUGAACCACACAGAUUUUAUUAUCACUAGUACCUUCCAAGAGAUCGCUGGAAGCAAGGAUACUGUUGGACAAUAUGAGAGUCACACUGCCUUCACCCUUCCAGGACUUUACCGAGUGGUUCACGGUAUCGAUGUUUUCGAUCCAAAGUUUAACAUUGUCUCUCCCGGAGCUGAUAUGAGCAUUUACUUCCCUUAUACUGAAACCGAGCGUAGGUUGACAUCAUUCCACCCUGAGAUUGAAGAACUUCUUUAUAGCUCAGUGGAGAAUGAGGAACACAUAUGUGUAUUGAAGGACCGCAGCAAGCCAAUUAUCUUCACCAUGGCAAGGUUGGACCGAGUGAAGAACAUUACAGGACUUGUAGAAUGGUACGGUAAGAACGCUCGCCUAAGGGAGUUAGUAAACCUUGUUGUUGUUGCCGGAGACAGGAGGAAGGAGUCCAAAGAUCUAGAAGAAAAAGCUGAGAUGAAGAAAAUGUAUGGCCUAAUCGAGACCUACAAACUAAACGGCCAAUUCAGAUGGAUUUCCUCACAGAUGAACCGAAUUCGGAACGGAGAGCUCUACCGUGUCAUUUGUGACACAAAGGGUGCUUUUGUGCAGCCUGCAAUUUAUGAAGCUUUUGGUUUGACUGUUGUUGAGGCUAUGACUUGUGGAUUGCCCACAUUUGCUACUUGUAAUGGUGGUCCUGCUGAGAUAAUUGUGCAUGGAAAAUCUGGUUACCAUAUUGAUCCUUACCAUGGCGACCUUGCCGCUGAGACUCUCGUUGAGUUCUUUGAGAAGAGCAAGGCUGAUCCAUCUUAUUGGGACAAAAUCUCUCAUGGAGGUCUCAAACGUAUUCAUGAGAAGUACACAUGGCAGAUUUACUCUGACAGGCUUCUGACUCUGACUGGUGUGUAUGGGUUUUGGAAGCAUGUGACAAACCUUGAUCGCCGUGAGAGCAAACGCUACCUUGAGAUGUUCUAUGCACUCAAGUACAACAAAUUGGCUGAAGCUGUGCCUCUUGCUGUUGAAGAGUAAAAUCAAUGGAGAAAAUUGAGAAGAUUGCGGAACCUUUUAUUAUUUGGAGUCUUAUGGAGCUUUUCUAAAUAAAUAAAUAAUACCAUUAAUUGAUAUUGUGAUAAGAUUUUGGAUUGAAAAAACGAAGUGUCGUUCUUUUCUAAAUUGUUAGUAGUUUAGGAUGAAAGUUGAAUUGUCCUUUUCUUUUUGCAUUUUUGGAUCUGAUUGGAAAUCUUCAAAUUUGGGUGUUUACCCCAUAAAUUCAAUUUCAUGAUGUGCCUUCAAUUCAA